GAAGUGAACUCCCCGCUAACCGUCCAAACAUUCACCACACCCCGUUUAUCUCCGUCUACACUACGCCUCUCUCCACCACCCGCAUCCCACUCCACUCUCAACGGCGACGCGCCCAGUCCAAGCCGACGCCACGCUCUCACGCCGCUGUAUCUUCAGCCGCCCGUUGCAUUCUGUCUAGACCGGAUCACACCCCGCUAUUGCUUGCUCUAGGUUAAGGACCUGUCGGCGCAACUUUGGAAAAGAUGGUAGAAGCAGAGGGCCAACCCACGACGUGGAAGUUCACGCAGUGCUUCGGUGACAAAGGAGAUGUAGAGGACAUCACGGAAGCGGAUAUAAUCUCGACUGUCGAAUUCGACGAAACGGGUGAUUAUCUGGCGACUGGCGACAAGGGUGGUAGAGUUGUGCUGUUUGAGCGCAAUAGGACGAAAAAAACCUGCGAGUACAAGUUUCACACCGAGUUCCAGUCACACGAGCCCGAGUUCGACUAUCUCAAAUCCUUAGAGAUCGAAGAGAAGAUCAACAAGAUCAAGUGGUGCAAGAGGCAGAACCCCUCCCACUAUCUUCUCUCCACCAAUGAUAAGACGAUAAAGCUAUGGAAGGUCUUUGAGAAGUCUCUGAAGGUCGUAGCAGAGAACAACCUCUCUCAGGAGUUGACGCCAGCCGGCGUUCCGAGCGCUGGCGGCCCAGUGCAGCGCCCUCACUUCCGAUCCGCUGCAGACCUCAAGCUGCCCCGCCUCACCCUUCACGAUACCGUUGUGGCAGCCGUGCCUCGGAAGACCUACGCCAAUGCGCACGCGUACCAUAUCAACAGCAUAUCUGUUAACAGCGACGGGGAGACGUUCAUCAGUAGCGAUGACCUUAGGAUCAACUUGUGGAACUUGAACAUUCAAGACCAGAGCUUCAACAUUGUCGACAUCAAGCCAGCGAACAUGGAGGAGCUUACGGAAGUCAUCACUGCCGCGGAAUUCCAUCCCGAACUUUGCCACCUGUUCAUGUACGCCAGCUCAAAGGGCACGAUCAAGCUGGCCGACAUGAGAGAGAGUGCGCUCUGUGACCAGCACGCUAAGCAAUUUGAGCAGGAAGAAGACCCCCAGUCUCGUUCGUUCUUCUCGGAAAUCAUCUCCUCUAUCUCCGACGUGCGCUUCUCCCGCGAUGGCCGCUACAUCCUCUCUCGUGACUACCUUACCGUGAAGAUUUGGGACGUGAAGAUGGAAAACAAGCCGGUUAAGACGAUUCCCAUUCAUGAGCACCUCAGACCGCGGUUGUGCGACACCUACGAGAACGACAGCAUUUUUGACAAGUUUGAGGUUGUGUUCUCGGGAGAUGCGAAGAAUGUUAUGACGGGAAGUUACAACAAUAACUUCAUGAUCUACCCCUCGGACCCCGACAAGGAGACCGAGGUGGUGCUGCAGGCCGACAAGUCAGCUUUCAAGGCGAAGAAGGUGGGGAUUCCCACGCCCAUGGGCCAAAGUGCGACGAGCCCCACUGGUUCGGGCAAGAAGAGCAACUCCCGGGCUGGCAGCCCCGCGGCUGGUGCCAUAGGCCCCGGCCAGAGGAUGAGGAAGGAGACGGAUGCGGACCAGAUUGACUUCAACAAGAAGAUCCUGCACAUGAGCUGGCACCCCAAUGAAGACAGCAUUGCCAUCGCGGCUACGAACAACCUCUUCGUCUUCUCGGCGUUGUAAGAGGAGCCAAGGGUCUUUCGAGGGUCAUCUGGAAGGCGUUCCUGAGCACGCAAUCUGCUAUUCCUCAUUAAUCCAGCGCCUAAUUUCGUCGUACUUGAUGAUGCAGCUAGAUAGCAUUCUCAUGAUGUCGAUGAGCCAAGACUGUAGAGCGGGGACGGGUCGCAUCGACGCGGACGUCAAAAAUGAACGUAAAAGGACUUGUUCCACGAGCGUUUCGUGUACCAUAGUGAUUUGCGGGUGCUCCAUGUGCAGCUGGCUCUUCAUUCUCAAAAUAGAUUGCUUGAUCAUCCA